AUUCAGAUACUCGCUGCCAGCCGAACCGAAGUGAACUCGAAUCUUAAACACUAUAUCUAAUGUGUGUAAUUAAAUAUAAAGCAGCUAAAAAUGUGCAAACAUACUACCAUAUGUAUGUAGUGAAAAGUGCUAGCAUAAAUCGCAUUUUUAUUUUGCACGACGACUAGAAAAUACUACUCGUACAAAGGCACACGUACACAUGUGCACGGGUGAAAAAAUUGAUAUUGUUAAAUGUUGUCAGCGUGAUGUAUCCGUAUCCGAGUAUCUGAGCACCACUCCCACACCCGCCCACCGCCCGCCGUCCACAACAGCCGAGGUCCAACACCACCAGCACCACACCAAAAAUAUCUUUACACGCUACUGGGACGAUCACAUAAAAAUGAAGGAUUCCAGCGAGGAAAAGUCGAGGAAGAGCCCUUCCCCAUCCGCCAAGCACACCCACGUCACCUUCGUCCGGAGCACCGGACACGGGAGCAAUCCUCCAGCUACUUGCGAUGCGAACGGCAAUGGAAAGGCUGUACAGAGCGAGUGGACAUUUCCCCCCAAGGCGCCAACUCCGCACAUCUACAAUUGCCUUAGUCCCGACAUGAUGGCGGCAAGUGAUAAAAACAGCUUUAAAGGAUUUCGCAAGCAAUUUAGUGGACGAUUUAAGCGCUUAGUUACUCGAAAAGUGGAACACACUCCAGUGAUACCUCCAGAAUUGAAGCCGCAACUAAAAACAAUAUACGUUUACUAAAUUAAGAUGAAAGAAUUGCAAGCACAAGUGUUUUCGCUGACAUAAUGCAUAUUUAUAAGGCAGGAGACAUUAGUGAUAGGAAAAGCAAGAUACGUUAAGUUAUCAUUAUACCAUUCUGAUUGACAAUUUUAAGUAUUCAGCGAUUCGUGCGUAUUGUUAGGCUCAAUAAAGGAGAACAUUUCAUUUUACAGAACAAGUUUUACUGGAAGUGGAACUACUGGGUUUCAAAUUAAACCGCAACAAUGUAUUUCAUUAUUUCGAUAUUUAAAAGAUAUAAUUUUUAAAGUGUAUUAUUUGUAUGUUCAUAAGAACUCAUUUUUCUACUCUAUGUUGAACUCCAAAUUUGUGUGUGCUUACCAAUCUCAAAAUGUAACAGAUUUCCUGCACGACGUCCCAAAAUUUACUUGUACUGGAAUUAUGAUUAAAAUUCAAUAAUAAUUA